CGUUUCACGACUGACGAUGACCUGCGUCUAUUUCGGCGCGUCCGCAUCCUCCUGCGGGAUGUUGCCGCUCCUCGCAAUCCUGAUAUGCAGUGAUAGAGUAAUUAACUGUAAGGCGCCGCUGCAACUGGAUUUUUUCUUUCAUUUGAGCGAAGGCAGUUCCUAAAGCUCGACGAUCCACAAAAAGUCAUCUGAAAAACGCUUACAAGCUGUUUCACCUCUUCCGCUACGACUAGCAAUAAUCAGUAUGCUCACAGCGGACAAGCGGCCGACGCAGCGCUACGAACAAGUCGUCACUGAGAUCGAUCACUGUUCAGACGCUGAGGAACAGCCGGUAGACCUUGACACAAAUCACAACAUUACGCAUCUACCUUCUCCAUUGCCUCUGGUAGAAAAUGAAGAUCUGUUUUCAACCGCCCCAAAUUUAAAGAGCCACAACGAUAACGACUUGGAAUACAUUUCCACUGAUGUUGCUUUGGAGAGAAUCGGUAUGGGAGCAUUUCAAAUACGUAUUUUGAUUGCUUCUGGACUUUGUUUUGCGGCUGAUGCCAUGCAGGUGAUUUUACUUAGCUUCCUCUCGCUUGUCGUCCAAGACCUUUGGUCGCUCAGCAACGACUUGACAGCGAUGAUAACCAGUUCAUUGUUCGCCGGUAGCAUGUUAGGUACACUGAUUCUUGGUCCAUUGGCCGAUUCCUGGGGACGUCGACCCGUGUUUAUGCUGGCAUCUUCCAUAAUUUCCUUCUUUGGUUUCGCCACCUCAGCAGCGACAAACUAUGGUAUGUUGACUGCCACGAUUUUUGGGGUCGGGGUUGGUGUUGGCGGUUUAACCGUGCCGUUUGAUAUUCUUGCAGAAUUUUUGCCCUCGUCGCAGCGAGGUACAAAUUUGCUUAAGAUUGAGUAUUUUUGGACCAUCGGCUGUCUUUUUGUAGUUGGUAUUGCCUACAUGACACUUCGUGGUGAAGUACCCCAUUGGAGAUUAUUUGUGGCGACUUGUUCGGUUCCUUGUCUUGUAUCCCUCGUUCUUGGAUACUGCUGGGUACCCGAGUCAGCGCAAUGGUUAUGUGCGGAAGGUCGUACAGAUGAAGCCUUGGAGAUUUUACGACACGCUGCCGCUCUCAAUGGCCUAGAAAAGGAUGAGGUGUUUCCCAGCAACACGAAGUUGUUGCAGGACGAAGACGAAAAAGACGCUUCUUUGGCCGAUCUCUUUACUCCGAAGUGGAGGGAAACAACUUUGCGAUUGUGGGGUGCCUGGGGUUCGUUCGCAUUUGGUUACUACGGUACGCUCCUUGCCAUUACCAAGGUAUUUGCGGAAGCUGAAACUAUAAAUCGAGUAGCGGUAGGUGACGAAGAGCCUUAUAGCUUCGAUUACGGCGCCAUUUUUGCUAGCAGUACAGCUGAGCUGGUUGGAACCACAAUGGUCAUUUUUGCGGUCGACAGAAUUGGCCGUAUCCCCUCCCAAGUGUUCAGUUAUCUUAUUGCGGGCCUCUCCGUUUGUGCGCUCUGUGUCUUCGCCUCGUGGGGAUUUCCUCGGUACGCUUUGAUCGGUCUGAGUUUUAUAGCCCGAAUCUUUGAAAUGGCCGCUACGUGCGUUACAUGGGUGAGUACGGCGGAAAUUCUGACAACCGAAGUUCGUUCCACUGGACAUUCAACGGCCAACGCCAUGGCACGCUUAGGAGCCAUCUUUUGUCCCUAUCUGGUUCAAGGAAGUGCUUCACUUACGCAAAUUGGAAUCGUUAUGCUGUUGGUACACUUCUUUACGGCCUUUUGUGUUUCAACAUUACCGGAAACUAAAGGAAAAGGCAUGGGCGCUGUAUCGGAAGACCAGCCAGUGGAUUCGGCCAUUAAUAGGCUCAACCUUUUGCCUCUAGAGACGAACGACUGCAAUGAAGACGACCUUGUCAUUCAAGGCGAAUUGAGUUAA